AUGGCGUCGCUGAAAGUGUAUUCUGUGAGCAGACUAGCGAAAUACGUGACUGACUCGACUUUACGAGGUCUCCGCACAAAUAUUUACAGAGGCUCAGCACGCAGCUACAGCGCAGAAGAGAAACAGCAAGCAGAUUCUGAGAAAGAAGAAAAGAAGCAACUUCCAUCUACAGUGGAGGAGUGCCACAAGCUUAUAGAACAGUUAAACAUCGAUAUCACCAAUUUAAAGCAACAGAGCAAGGAAUAUGAAGAUAAAUACAAGCGCGCUCUAGCAGACGGUGAGAACGUGCGUCGAAGAAUGCUGAAGCAAAUCGAGGAUGCCAAAUCGUUUGCCAUACAAAGCUUCUGCAAAGAUUUGCUUGACGUUGCGGACACGCUGGCGACGGCCGCAGAGAGCGUGCCCGAAGGCGAGGCGUCAGAGGGGGGCGGUGCCGAUGGGGGGGCGAACGCCGCGCUGCGUUCACUACACGACGGCGUGAGGCUCACCAGCGCCAUGCUCACGCAGGUGUUCAACAGACACGGCCUGGUGGUGGUGUCACCGCUACGCCAGAAGUUCGAUCCCAACUUGCAUGAAGCUUUGUUCCAGCAGGAAGUGGAGGGAGCCGAACCAGGUACAGUAGUCGCAGUCAGCAAGGUUGGGUACAAACUCCACGGUCGCUGCGUCCGCCCCGCUCUAGUCGGCGUCGCAAAGGGACCCUCCUCCUAGUGCCUGCAUCCUACCACAGUACUUUAGCACUAGAUGUAUAUAUCAAUUUAAAAAAUUAGGAUUUAGACUUGUUGGUUAGAACUAGAUAUGAGUGCCGUUAGUAGACCAACCAGUGCCGGCGCGCCGACGAAAAAGUAUCUUUUGUUUUUACAAAUACUUUUUCAAAGGAAAAAAUGAAAUAACGUAUUUCUACAGUAAUCAAAUUUUUAUCAGUUCGAUCAGGCGCUCCGAUCGU